AGGAGGAGGUGGUGGGGAAGGAAAGGAUGUAUUUCUGCAUCAGCGAGUCAAGCAGCUUUGGUCACACCCUUCCCCCGCCUACAUGUCCCCCCUCCCGGGACGAGAGAGGAGCUUUACCGCCCGCCAUGUUGAUAGAGCAGGAGUCAGAGACGUGUAAAAGCCUGCUUAGCGAACUAAACUACACAUUACGGGAAGGGUUAUAGAAAAUAACAUUUAUCCAACAACCGCUACAAAUAAGUCAACUUUCCUGGUAUGUUUUGUUUUGGAUGGUGACUUCUUUGAUCGUAUGGGUUGUGAAGUUCCUGGAUAUUCAUUUACUCUGUUGAAUAACUCGGAAAAAAAGGAAAUGGUGAUGGCGUGGCUGUGUGUGCGUCCCGCUCUGUGUGUGUGGAGAUGGUUCUAACAGGCUGUUGUCUGUGAGGUCUGUGGAACACACUGCUGGCCCGCGGAGGCGCCCUGAACACACUCAGUGACACGGUGACAACACGCACACACACCCAGUGACACGGUGACACACACAACGCUGCCGGUGCAGCGAGAACGGAUUCGGACACACAAACUAUUCCCCUCCCCAACACACACACACACUUGACUGUGUGUCCCAGUCGUGGUAGCGCGCGCGUGCGUGUGUGUGUGUGACCACCACUAUGCCGAGCUCCACGAUCAGACGUUCUGUGAAGAACAUGGUAAACAACUACUCCGACGCGGAGAAGAAGGUCCGAGAGUCCACCUCCAACGACCCCUGGGGCCCCUCGUCCUCUCUGAUGUCAGAGGUGGCCGACCUGACCUACAACGUCGUGGCGUUCAGUGAGAUCAUGAGUAUGAUCUGGAGACGCCUCAACGACCACGGGAAGAACUGGAGACACGUUUACAAGGCGCUGACGCUGCUCGACUACCUGAUUAAGACGGGGUCAGAGCGCGUGGCUCUGCAGUGUAAAGAGAACAUCUUCGCCAUCCAGACUCUAAAGGACUUUCAGUACAUCGACAGAGACGGAAAAGACCAGGGAAUCAACGUCAGAGAGAAGAGCAAACAGCUGGUGGUCCUGUUGAAAGAUGAGGAGAGACUGAAAGGUGAGCGUUCCCAGGCUCUGAAGACGAAGGAGAGGAUGGCUCAGGUCACCACUACAGGGGCGGUGACACCGGGUCAGGGUUUUGGCCGAGGUUCGUCUCAACCCAACCUGUCGACCUCCUACAGCGAGGAGUACGGCAAGUCGGAGGGGUCACCGGCAUCUUACCACGGCU